UUGAGGAAGAAAGAGCAAGCGGAAAGAGAAAGACAACGUCAGGAAACAGAAAGGCGGCAUCCCGAGGAUGACAAAAUGAGGGUCGGUGUGAGUGCACGUAAGGUGGAGAGCGCGGAGGUAUCUUCGCCGUCCGUGUCGCCGGUGGCGCGCGGCUCCCCGCCCGCAGCGCCCGCCGCGCCGCCCGCGCCCGCAGCACCCGACAAGCCGCCUAUCUCUGAACGUGACCGGCUCCGACAACGAGAACAGGAACGCAGGAGGAGAGAAGCGUUGGCUGGGCAAAUUGACAUGAAUUUCCAAAGCGAUACGAUGGCGGCCUUUGAAGAAACACUGUAA